AUCUUUUCGCCUUAAAACUUCACCCUCAACAGCGAGUCACGGAAUGCUGCUCUUCUUGUACGGAUCAAUUGCAAACAACUCGUAGCAGAAAGACAGUGGAAGAAACAGAGUGGGAGAGAGAAAGAGAGAAAGACAGAGAGUGAGGGAGACCAUGGCCAAGGAAAGAACCAAAGAAGCCCCUCUUGAUGGUGGGGGGGACCCAGCAGGGCCCCAGAGAGGGAUUCCUGAGCCUGGGGUUCAAGCGAGGGGCAAAUGGGCCAACAAAAUGGAGUUCCUGUUCUCUAUGGCCGGAGAAAUUAUCGGCCUUGGAAAUGUCUGGCGCUUCCCUUAUCUGUGCUACAAGAAUGGAGGAGGGGUCUUCUUCAUCCCUUACUUUAUAUUCCUCUUCUUCUGUGGGAUCCCUGUGUUCUUCCUGGAAACGGCAUUGGGUCAGUACACCAGCGAGGGUGGCGUCACAGCCUGGCGGAAGAUAUGUCCCAUGUUUGAAGGUAUAGGAAUUGCAUCCCAAGUGAUUGUAAGCUACUUGAACAUCUACUACAUAGUGGUGUUGGCUUGGGGUAUCUUCUACCUGAUCAACUCUUUCAAAAGCCCACUGCCCUGGUCGACCUGUGAUAACUCCUGGAACACCGAGUUGUGCCACAGCCGGCCCAGUGUUUUCGCCAACCCCCAUAUGUUUCACUCCAACUCCAAUUGGUCAUUCCUCAACAACGGCACUACAUUCCCUGAACUCUCUGAUGACUACAGUUACAUGAUUGAUAAUGAGUCCGCUGUCUUCUUUCGAUUCAAGUCACCUGAGGAGGAGUUUUGGCUUAACCGUGUGCUGAGGAUUUCAGAAGACAUGCACCUACUAGGAAAGGUGCACUGGGAUCUGGCUUUAUGUCUCCUUUUGGCCUGGAUAAUCUGUUACUUCUGCAUAUGGAAAGGAAUCAAGUCUACAGGCAAGGUGGUGUACUUCACUGCGACAUUCCCCUACCUGAUGCUGUUAAUCCUCUUCAUCCGUGGAGUGACACUUCCGGGGGCCGCGGAGGGCGUGAAAUUCUACCUCAUGCCCGACUUCAGUAGGAUCGCUGAUCCCAAAGUGUGGCGUGAUGCGGGGACGCAGGUGUUCUUCUCCUACGCCGUGUGCCAGGGAGUACUGACCGCUCUGGGGAGCUACAACAAAUAUAACAACAACUGCUACAGGGACUGCGUAGUACUGUGCUGCUUGAACAGCGCCACCAGUAUCUUUGCUGGUUUUGCUGUGUUCUCCAUACUGGGAUUCAUGGCUAAGGAACUGGACGUACCGAUCCACGACAUUGCCACAUCAGGUGGAGGUCUGGCCUUCAUCGCCUAUCCCAAAGCUCUGUCACUGCUGCCUGGCUCAUCUUUCUGGGCGGUGCUCUUCUUCCUCAUGCUCCUCUUCCUCGGCCUGGACAGUCAGUUUGUAUGUGUGGAGAGCCUGGCCACAGCCAUCACGGACUUGUUCCCUCAAUACCUGAGGAGGCCCGGUGGACGAGAGAAACUGGUCCUGGUUAUAGCCGUGGUCUGCUUCCUUCUGGGCCUUCCGCUGGUUACUGAGGGAGGGAUCGUCCUCUUUCAUAUGAUUGACACCUACGGGCCCAGUGGAACAAGCCUGCUGAUCAUCGCCUCUGUGGAGACUAUUGCCAUUGGCUGGGUGUAUGGUGCCGACCGUUUCUAUGACAACAUUGAAGACAUGAUCGGGUACAAGCCAUUCCCUGUGCUGAAGUACUGCUGGCUGUUUGUCACCCCCAUCAUCUGCAUCGUGACAAUGGUGUACGACCUCAUGAAUCAGUAUCCGAUGAUAUCGGUGUACAACUACAGGCUUGGAUUCUGGUUCUCCAAGUUGUCAGUUCUUCUCAUCAUCACCCCAUUGAUAUGCAUCCCUGUGUUCGUCCUGGUCUCGCUGUACAGGAAUCCCAAAGGGAUGACUACUCCAUCCACAGACCUGCGUCAAGCCAAGCCACACAGGCCGGCGCUGAGCCUUUGUAAGAUGGUCAUCAUCCGUGGAAACGAGAGGUCGCAAAGGAUGGAGGAGGAUAGGAACGGGAAGCUGAUGAUGGAGGAAACAGGUGGUGCUUGAUGCAUGCUUAUGAGAUCCAAAGACCAGAUGAAGGUCAUUUGUACAAGACUGUCAUUAUUGACUUUAUCCAAAUUAUUGCAUACCAAAAUUGUUUUAUAUAUAUAUAUAUAUAUAUAUAUGUCUUUUUUUUAAACAGGUGCAAUGCGAUAAAAGAUGUGAGAUGUUUUCACCUGGUUGCAAAAAUAUUGUUUUCCUUUUUUUGUUUCAUUAUUCUCCCCUUUAUUUUUACUUGUACCAUGACUGACCCCUGUGGAAACCAAUGGUGUUGUUACCUCAUAUGUAAAACAUGGUAGUCAUUAUGCAUGCUAUCGUGCUUUUUUUCUGAAGCUUUUUUUUUUUUUAGCAGAUUCAGCUGUCAAAUUUUGUAGGUUUACUCUUGUUGAACAAAUAAUUCCCAACAUGGAAUUGGCAACGCUGCCUUAUUUGUUCAUCGGACUCAACCAUAUUUAACUUGUGAACAUUUUACUGAAUGUUCAUGUUGUGUCUUCCAUUACAUUACACUAUGUCUGAUGAUGCCGUGUAGACUGUCAGUCCGCUAUAUCAAACUCAUUAAAUAUACCGUGUCAGUGCUGUCAGGUUUCACAGGAUGGUUCGUUUCAGGAUGUGUCGUCUUUAUUUGUUCAUGAUCCUCGUGCUUCACUCCCAAACAAACCAGCUCAACACGUCUGCGUUGUCAGUUCCAGAUCAAUUCCUACAGACUGGUCUGUGCUGAACAGCAAAGACCUUACCACAAAAUCUUUGUAUUCUCAUCCUGGCUUUUAAAUUGAACUGACCCCCCCCCUUCUCAUCCUUGUGCAAAAUUUAAACUUUACACAAGGUCAUGGAGCCAGAUAUAAGCUGCAUGUACAUUUAAGAUGACACGGCUCUGCAUGAUUGGCGGACAUGAACUCAUCCGGUCCUGCACCGUCAUAAGGCUGAGUUCAGCCAUCUGUGAAACCCAAACUGACAUUCAAUUAACAGGCAAUUCUGUCCUCCCAUACCAAAGAGUACAGAAUGACCCUCAGUGCCGUGGAAAUCUGGCCCUGCAGGACAAAAAGCCGCCCAUUGGGCCAAUUAGAGGAACGUGUGUUGUCACAGAGGCAGGGUUUGUUAUCUUUGCCAAUGAGAAGAUCAACAGCAACUGCAUGUGGUUGAAAUGAGCCAUUCACAAUUUGAGAUUUGUCAAGUGACAGCGAUGCUGGCAAACUGAGGGGGUGGACGACGGAAGCAUCAACUGGGAUUUUUUUUAAGGUCAAGCGCCCAUUUUGUAUAUUGAUGAAUAUGUGCUGGUCAUUGUCAGAACCUGCAAAGUUGCCCGCGGGUGUGUAUACCAAGAGAAG